AUGCAAGUGAAAUAUACGAGGACCGGAGGCGCCAAAGCUGUGACACUUAGAGAGUGGGACAACUGUACACCUCAUGACCACACCAGAAACUCUUUCGUAUCCGACGAUGAACUUGACUAUGAGGAUGGUCUUUGCGAUAACUGCGGUGAGAUAUGUCGCAAUGUCGCACUGCAGUCGGUUGACGAAGUAAAACUUUGCUAUGUAUGCCGAAUGUAUUACAAACUUAUACGCAAACAUCGCCCAUGUAGUUUUACUUCGGCCUCAGUGAGUUCCGUCAAAGAAAAGCUCGCAAAUGUUUUGAAGACAUGCAAGACAGCGCCCACGAAUUGA